CAACCCCUCCCCCCAUAGUGUAGCGCUAUAAGAGCGCUCGGGUGUGAUUAACAGGGACAGUCUGAUAUAGAGCAUCAUCCAGAGAGGAGAACCUCACUGGGAUUGUCUAGUUAAUGGAUCGAGAUCCCGGGGUUUUAUUGACUUCUAGGCUUUAAGGAGGCUGUAAAAGUCAACGCGUAAAAGGCACGUUGGAGCUCUUGUGUCCAGAUGUUAGUCCACACCUACUCGACCAUGGACCGUGCGGACGGACUGUCCAGCUCUUCUCCGAGCGGGCGACUCUCUCAUCUCUCUUCGCUGAACCAGGCAGCGUAUUCCUCGGCUCCCCCUCUCUGCCACACUCCGGCGUCCGACUUCCAGCCGCCCUACUUUCCACCUCCAUACCCCCAGUCCUCCCUGUCUUAUUCCCAGAGUCAAGACACCGGAUACCCGCAUUUACCGGACCCCUAUACGUCCAUCAACUCCCUCCAUCAGCACCAGCAGGCAGCGUGGCACUCCCAGCGCUCGCGCUCAGAGGACGCGGGGCUUCUGUCGCAGUCACACCGCGCUCUGAGCUUAGAUCCGCGUCGGGAGUAUCCGGGCGUUCCGCGGUUGCUCCAUCAUGGACUGGGUGAAGGAGCAGCGGCGCUCGGUGAAGGUCCCCUGGGAAUGCACGCAGUGGGUCUUCACGGUCUGGAUGACAUUCAGGGUAUGGAGGAGGCAUCCGCUUUGGGGAUCCUGGACCAUUCUGUUAUCAAGAAAGUUCCGGUCCCAUCAAAGCUAAAUGGCUCAACAGUCUCUGCCUUGUCCUUCACUAAAGAAGGCCUGGGCCUGGGUGGUGUGUCCAACCCCGCAGAGGUUUUCUGCUCUGUCCCAGGCCGCUUGUCGCUCCUCAGCUCCACCUCUAAAUACAAGGUCACAGUUGGAGAGGUGCAGAGACGCCUGGCCCCACCCGAGUGCCUCAAUGCCUCGCUGCUCGGAGGAAUCCUGCGCAGAGCCAAGUCGAAAAAUGGAGGCCGCUGUCUACGAGAACGUCUGGAGAAGAUCGGCCUCAACCUGCCCGCCGGUCGGCGAAAGGCAGCUAAUGUCACACUCCUCACAGCGCUGGUGGAAGGUGAGGCGGUUCAUCUCGCACGGGACUUUGGGUACGUGUGUGAGACCGAGUUCCCUGCCCGGGCCACAGCAGAGUAUCUGUGCAGACAAACCGACCCAGAUCAGCUGCCCACACGACAUAGUAUGCUGCUGGCCACCAAGGAGAUUUGCAAGGAGUUCGUGGACCUGAUGUCGCAGGACAGGUCGCCGUUGGGUGCCAGUCGCCCCACCCCCUGCCUGGAGCCCGGGGUGCAAAGCAGCCUGACCCACUUCAGCCUCCUCACCCACGGUUUCGGCACACCCGCCAUGUGCGCCGCCCUGUCAGCCUUCCAGAGUUACUUGCUAGAGGCCCUAAAACUGCUGGAUAAAGGAGAGGGAGGAGGAAAAAGCCAUCACGACAAGGACCUCAAGCACCGCAAAUGAACAAUCGGGAGAGAGACACUACCUCCCUCACUUUUAGGAGCGUAUGAGUGUCUUUAUGUGUACGAAUGUGUACAUUCACCCCACCAUUUCGCGCCUGUACGAACUGGUUGCAUUCGUCUCUAAUGAAAUCCAAGGUCUCCAGAGAAAGCAGAAAUGCCUCGAUGCUUCACACUGCAUGUGGACCACAAACUCCCUCUGGAUCCCCAUGACUGACUAAUACGGGGCCCUUUUCGGUGUUCUCUGGAGAUCGGGCCACUAAACCAAUCAAAUGACACAAAAGAUGGCACGGACAAUUAAGGAUGGGGGUGUAAAAGUAAUUAGGUAUUGACAAAUUAAUUUGAAAAUGUCAUUUUGUACUUCAUGUUGUAUGUUUAUUAUCAAUGUCACUGUUAUUCUAAUUGCCGUAUUGCAAUGUAAAUGUAAUAUAUUAUUAA